AUGAGUGAAAUAUGCAAACUAUAAAAUAAUUUGGUAAAUCCCCGUUAUCUUAUAAAUUCAAGAUGAUGUCAGAAGCUUGUAGCUGCUUUAUUUAUUCAGCUAUAAUACUAAGUCUGUUCUUCAUUGACUAUCUCUUAGGGAAUGGCCUUGUUGUAAAGUUGCAGAGAAUAUUUUGUAAAGUUUUUUGUGGUAUUCGUAAAUACGUGAGAGAAGAAAAGUAUUCACAGAUAACGGGGAACGAGAAUUUCAUCAAUUUGCCGGUUCUGGUCUCCGAAAUUGUGUCCCUUGGAUUAGCAAUAGCGUUUUUGAAUAAAUACAAACAUAACCGUGGCAAGGACAAAAUUGAUGAUCUUCUUCAAGAAAGUAGGGAGGCGUUACGGCAGACCAAUGAGUUUCUUGAAAAAUGGCGUCUAAGACGGAUAAAUUGGCAGGUCCCAAGCGAGUAUUCGUAUCUAGAUGAAGAACCACAGGAGAUUAAGCCUCUCAAGCUCGAGGUGCCGAUCCUUCACAUGGCUAUAGUCGACACUCUUGGUUCUACGAAGAUCCGGUCAGACCGUGGAGACGCGGGUGACAUGGCCAGUACCACAGAAUCCACGCUACUUUCAAUGACGUCUCUACUCGAUGACGAUUUGCAAUCGAUUCCUGAAGUAAUAGGUGAAGAUAUAAACGAUACGCUGCAAGAGAUUGAAAUCCGAGAUCGAUAUUUAUGGGAUGUUUUAGAAGAAGAUGCGAGUUUAGAAGAAUUUUAA